AUGAAGUACGUCUGGUUGGAUGUAGACCCGGGACACGAUGAUGCGACCGCUAUUAUGUUAGCGGUGAGCUCACCAAAUAUCCAGUUGCUAGGGGUUUCGACAACGCACGGAAAUGCAAGCAGCGAUCGGACCGCUAUCAAUGCGGCGAGAUGUCUCGUGGCUUUUGGCGCACCUUCGAACAUACAUGUCCAUCCUGGCGCAACAGAGCCCCUAUUACUACCAGCCAAACAUGAUCCUGAAAUCCAUGGAGAAGAUGGGCUUGGUGGUGUUGAAGGCCUUCCAACUUGCGGCGAUCCAGACAUCCUUGCCCGGUUCGCGAAGGACGCCGAUGGCUCCAACGUCCAUGCUUUAGACGGAAUGUCGCGUUCUAUCAAGGAGACAUGGAGGAAUGGUUCUGGUCCUCGAGUCACGAUAAUUUCUACGGGACCAAUGACAAACAUCGCUCUUUUCGUCAGCGUGUAUCCCAAACUACUCGGAGCUGUUGAGGAAUUCGUCUUCAUGGGUGGAGGAGUGGGUAUGGGUAACCGUUCUUCUGUUGCAGAAUACAACGUCCUAUGUGAUCCACAUGCAGCGCAGAUGGUAUUAAAUGUGCCCGUGAAGAAAACCAUGAUCCCCAUCAACGUAACCCACACCGCGAUUGUAACACGAGAAAUACACACCCAGCUGCUCUCUCCAGGCUCAGAAUCAAGUUCGGGAGUUCUUCCAGCCGCAUCGAGUAAUUUGCGCCACACUCUCUCCACCCUGAUUAGUUACUUUGCCGAGUCCUACAAGUCGACAUUUGGAUUCCAGCACGGACCUCCCUUACACGAUGCACUGACCGUCGCAUAUGUGGCUUACCCAGACCUCUUUAGAACGACGCGGCAUCGGGUGGACAUAGAACUCACAGGUGCCCAUUCUAUUGGAGAGACAGUGGUAGAUGUCUGGAAAUAUAAAUCGUGCGACGACACAUGGGGCCGAAAUGGGCGUAAUUGCAUUGUUGCGGAUGCCUUAAAUGUGCAAGGCUUCUUCGAUAUAUUUUUGGAAGCGGUGGUUCGCUGUGACGCAAUGUCGCCAUUGAACAAGCACUAA